CCAUACCCCACCCCGCGGAGAAUCUCAAUAAUGCCAUCCCCACCAAAAGCAGGACGAGUUAAAAAAUCUCCCUCCCAACUGUCAACAACCCCUUGCAAAGUUCACCGGCUGUUUAUUUUCAGUAAACCUCUCUUCCGCCCCUGAACCCAGCUUUUCUUUUCAAUUUGACGCCCUUUUCUGCCUUCCUCCGUGCUCCUCUUCUUUCGUAAUUAGGGUUUCGGGAUUUUAAACGAGAAUGAAGCACACAGCGACGAAGAAGAAGAAGAAGCGGCCACGCCCGACGAAACGGCCGGCUGUCAACGAUUCGUCACGUGACACGCAUCGUCAGCAGGAUCAGCAGCUAAAAGUAGAAGACAAGGAAGAAAAAGAAAAGCUUCUCUGCUCGUUAAUGGAAGCCUUUGGCUCGAUCUCUCUUGAAGAAGCCGCUACAGCUUAUAACCAAGCUAACGGGGAUUUGGAUAAAGCGGCGGUGACUCCAUCCAAUUUUAUCGAUGAAGAUAACAGCAGUGAAGAUCCGGAACGGUCCACGAGCUCGAUCUCGAGCGGGUCAUCGUCGUCGGGUUCAUCCGGUUCGGGUUUUGCUGAAACGGGUUGCAUACAAAAUAUGAAUGGUGGUAGGGGAUGCUGCAGAGUGGGAAAGCAGCAGAAACGAGUGGUGGCAGCAACGGGGACGGUUUCGACGGUUCUCGGGAAAGAGUACGUUAGGGCAAGCCCGCGGCGCGACUCGGCGCCAACGGCGGCGGGGAGAUCGGCGUUGGUGAAGGAAGAGGCGGAGCAAUUCUUAUGCUCAAUGCUUGGGGACGAGUGUGAACUUGGCAUGGCUGUUGUUAGAGAUGUUUUAUGUCAGUGUGGAUACAAUGUGGAAAAGGCUUUGGAUGCAUUACUUGAUUUGUCUGCUUCCUCCUAUGAACAAUUCAAGAAUUGUAAGGACAAUGUGAACAAUAGACAAGAUACAGGAUUCCUCACCGACUGUGCGGACAGUGUAACAGAUAGGGCAUCUGAUUGCAUGUCUAAUUCAUCAGAAAGUGAACUUCAGGAUAGUAUAUGGUCAGUGGGCUAUGGUUGCAGGAAUUACUCAAAGGUUCUUGCUGGUUCUGAAGCUCUGCUACAAACUUGCCCAAGGAGUAAUGUGUCAGAUCUCCCUCAUGAGGUGUUGGGUUCUUUAUUUAACAUCCCCAAAAGUUCCGAACAGGAACCAAGCACUAUGAAUUGGAGGAAUGUAGUAAAGAAGAUGCAGUCAUUGGGACCAGGGAUUGAUGUUAGUCCAUCUAGUGUUGCAGAGCCUCAGCAGGAUAUCUAUGGUAUUCUUAUGUUAAUUUUCUCAUGCUUUUUUUGCUAUUAUAUGAAUGAGUUUGUUGCUGAACGUGACCUUUACUUUUGAAGUGGGAUUAUUAAUAUCAAUAUGAAUAGUCGUGCUUUGAAGUUGUCCUACCACUACAUUGCAAUUGAACAUCUCUAUUAGAAGUGCAAUUGACAAAGACCUAAAAUAUUAACUACCUUUUCAUUAUUACUUACAUGUAUGUUAGGCACUGCAUAUGUAUUGACACAUUUAUUCUUGUCUUGUCCUGAAUCCUAAGAUUUAGACAAGAUAGUAGUAAGUAUGAGUUAAAAUCCUUAUGUAAUGGGCCAUAAUUUGAAUGCUCUC